GAAAACAUCUUUGCGUGUUUACUCCAUUCCAGGAGGUGGCGCAACAUCCUCUGCCUGAACUCUUUGGAACUACGUCGCAAGGUCAGAGUUCACAGAGAGAAAAUUUGACAGCGUGGGCUUGUUGUGUUGAUUUCAGAAGUCCAUGUGUGUUUUGAAAAGAUCAUAGAAUUGUUAUCAUUAAGCACGGAACGGGAAAGCGAUGAGGAACCUGAAGCUGAAGACGCGUGUGUGUUCUGGGGAGCUGUCUGCUCUCGGCUCCCCGCAGCGUCUCUCCGUCAGGAUGGACACACACACACUCCUCAUCGCAUCCCCCUACGCCGUCAUAGAAUACGACCCACGCACAGCACAGGUGGUGAGUGAGGUCUCCUUGACGGCGGAGGACUUCUUGCCGUGUGACGGGAGCGGGUGUGUGGUUGGCAUCCAGGACCUCCCUGACCAAGAGUGUGUGUGUGUUGCCACGGCGACCGGAGAUGUUAUACUGUACAACCUCAACACACAGCAGUUGGAGUGUGUGGGGAGUGUUGAUAGCGGCCUCACAGGAAUGAGCUGGAGCCCCGACCAGGAACUGGUGACGCUCACCACCGGUCAGCAGAGUAUCAUCAUGAUGACUAAAGACUUUGAGCCGAUCACUGAGGUGCCCAUACACCAGGAGGACUUUGGAGAAGGGAAGUUCAUCACGGUCGGUUGGGGUAAGAAGGAGACUCAGUUUCACGGCUCCGAAGGCAAACAGGCGGCACAGAAGAAGAACACAGAAGUGCAGCCUGCGGUGUCCUGGGACGACAGGAAGCCUCGAGUCACCUGGAGAGGAGACGGACAACUAUUCGCCGUCAGCGCCGUCUGCCCUAACACCGGAGCGAGGAAGGUGCGUGUGUGGAACAGGGAGUGUGUGCUUCAGGCCACCAGCGAAACCAUCAAUGGACUGGAGCAGGCCCUCUGCUGGAAGCCCUCAGGUAGUCUGAUAGCGUCUACCCAGCGGCACCCCAACAAGCACAGUGUGGUCUUCAUGGAGAAGAAUGGCCUACUGCACGGAGACUUCACACUCCCCAUACACAAGGACCAGGCCAAGGUGAAGGAGCUGCUGUGGAAUAGUGACUCUACUGUGUUGGCCGUCUGGCUGGAGGACAUGACCCCUGGACAAGACGGACACAUCAACACACAGAUCCAGUUGUGGUGUGUGGGUAACUACCACUGGUACCUGAAGCAGAGUCUCCUCUUCGGUUCCGGUUCCGGUUCCGGUUCCGGUUCUGGGUCGGCUCCAGAUGGCCCUGAGGGUCCGGACCCGCCGGUGUGUGUUUGCUGGGACCCUGAGCGCCCCCUGGUGCUACACGUGUUGACGUGCGGCUGGCGAUCACUCACGUACCGCUGGGGCUGGAGCACCGAGCGCAGCUAUGGAGACGGGAACCAUGACAACGCUAACGUGGCCGUCAUAGACGGAGACAAGGUGCUGGUGACAGCGUUUGCCCAGUGUGUGGUGCCUCCACCAAUGAGCUCCUUCGAGCUGCAGUGCCCCGCCCCCGUUGCCAUGGCGAUGUUCUGCUCAGAGGAGGGACGGACCAAUGACAUCGCAGCCCUCACUCACGACACACACCUCCACGUCUACCAACAAGAAGAGAGAGAAGCCAAUACUUCCACAGCAGGAGGAUUUAAAAUCAUCACACACCCUCCUGUACUGAAGAAUACCUACAGAGUGGAUCUGGGCAGGGUCGGUUCGGGGCCUCUUGACUUACGAUUGGUUGUCUGGGUAAGAGAGCGCUGCUUCCUGGGCGUGACUGAUGGAGAGGCUCUGGACCAAUCAAAAGUGCUCGUGCUCAAACCCUCCACCAAUGGGGAUGCACUGGAGAUCAGUUCCCAGGUGUGUGUGUCGGGUCAGGUCAUCAGCGUGUGUUACAGUGGGCGGAGCAACUCAGUCAUGCUGCAACUGGAGGACGGAACACUGCAGAAGCUACUCUGGGAUGGUUGUGACCUAGCUGCAGUACAGUGGAUGGACAGCAGAGGGAGUCCAGUGAAUUUCCCGCAGGCCUGUGAACACACAGCUCUCUGCAGCGUCUCAGGAGAGGAGUAUCCGCUGGGUUUGACUGAUCGAGCACAUCUCUACCUGGGAGACACAGAGUUGGCGUCUGGAGUGUCUUCGUUUGUGGUGUGUGAUGACUUCCUCCUGCUGACGACACACACACACACCUGCCGAUGCCUACAGCUCAACACACAGACUGCCAAAGGUCUGGUGUCUGCGUUGAGCUCUGACGGGGGUCAGAAUGACGAGACGCUGAGGAGAGUGGAGAGGGGCUCGCGCAUUGUAACCAUGGUAGCACGAGACACACGACUCAUACUACAGAUGCCUCGCGGUAACUUGGAGACCAUCCAUCAUCGAGCUCUCGUGCUCGCACAACUCCGCAAACGGCUGGACAGUCUGAGGUUCCGAGAUGCGUUUGAGGUGAUGAGAAAACAGCGAAUCAACCUGAACCUCAUCUACGACCAUAACCCUAAGGUGUUCCUGGAGAAUGUGGAGCUGUUUUUGAAGCAGGUGGAGUCGGUCAACAACAUCAACCUCUUCCUCACCGAGCUCAGGGAGGAGGACACUACCAAGAGCAUGUAUCCUCCCCCAGGAAGUGCCCCUCCCCCUUCCCCUCCCGUGGCUCCGCCCCUUACCCCAGGGAAUGCUGGGAAGAAAGUGGACAUCGUCUGUGACGCCCUACGCAACACCAUGCAAACACUCGACCCUGACAGGUACUGCUUGUGUAUUCUGACUACCCAUGUGAAGAAGACGGUUCCUGAGCUGGAGACAGCACUGCAGAAGGUCCAUCAGCUCAGAGUGCUGGAGGCAGCUAAGGCGGAGGAGGCGUUGAAGUAUCUGCUGUUCCUGGUGGACGUGAACGAGCUCUACACACACUCACUGGGAACCUACGACUUCACACUCGUACUCAUGGUGGCAGAGAAGUCACAGAAGGAUCCUAAGGAGUAUCUCCCGUUCCUGAACAUGCUGAAGAGUCUUGAGCCGAAUUACCAGCGCUACACUAUAGACACACACCUGAAGAGAUACAGCAAGGCCCUCACACACCUGAGCAAGUGUGGAGAGGAGUAUUUUGCGGAGGCGUUGAACUUGGUGAAGGAUCAGCAGCUCUACAAGGAAGCCCUGAGACUCUACCCAGCAUACAGCCCCGAAUACAAGGAGGUGAGCGGUGCGUACGCUGAGCACCUGAUGGGGCGUGGCCAUGCGGAGCAGGCGGGCCUGUUGCUAUGGAGAUGUGGAGAGCUGGGGCGGGCUCUGCAGGCUUUCGUGGGCGGGGCCAGCUGGAGAAACGCCCUCUCUGUAGCCAAUCAAAUCCCACUUCCUCCAGACCAGCUCGCACUAUUGGCCAGAGACCUGGCAGAUAAGCUAUUGGAGCAGAGGAGGUAUACAGAGGCCUCUGUGCUGCUGGAGCAGUAUGCCAAGGAUUGUGAGGAGGCUAUCUCUGCUCUCAUCACUGGAGCUGCCUGGGAAGAAGCACUCAGACUGGUGUACCUGUACAACAGACAAGACAUCAUCGAAACCAACCUCAAGCCUGCGCUGCUUGAAGCCUACAGUACGCAGGUCUCCUUCCUGGAGGGUCAGAGUUCCUUGUUCUCGCGCCACCAGACACGACUGGCCACCGUCAGAGAGGAGAAGGAGAGAGCCAAGCAAGAACUACUGGAAGAGGGGGAUUGUGGAGUGGAGGUGGAGUUGUAUUCGGAGGCUAGCAGCAUGCUGAGUGGAAGCCAGACUGGAUCCCGAUACACACACAGCAACUCGCGCAUCUCAGCGCGUUCGUCUAAGAACAGGCGUAAGGCGGAGAGCAAGAAGUUCAGCCUGAAGGAGGGAAGCCCAUUCGAGGACACCGCCCUACUGCACGCGCUCACACACAUCACACACACCGUCGACAAGAUGAGAGAGGAGAUCCAGGCCUUGUUGAGAGCUCUGGUGUUGUUCCAGUAUGAUGACCAGGCGGGGGCGCUACAGAGAGACUACAGCACACUGCUCUCCCUCAUAGAGACCAGUAUACCCAACAUAUGGACAACACACACUCUCAACACACCGGUGACUGGCCCCAACUCUACAGCUAACAGCAUCACCGCGUCGUUCCAACAGCAGAGAGCUCCCCCUAGUGCCCAGCAAGAUUCUGAAGCUCUCACACCCCCGAAGAUGAGAACAGCCCUCAAGUGGAAACUCACUGUUCUGGAUUAACGUGUGUGUGUGUGUGUGUGUGUGUGUGUGUGUGUGUGUGUGUGUGUGUGUGUGUGUGUGUGCACUCGUGCGUGUUGGUGUGUGCGUGCGGGUGCGUGUGUGUGUGGGCGUGCAUGUGUGUGUGUGGCCGUGCAUGUGUGUACUUGCUUUAUGAUGGCAUGACAUGUGUGUGCCAGCGAGCUAGAGGGAGUGUGCGUGUGUGUGAGUGUGCUUUAUGACUGUGUGUGUGAGUGUAGUGUCUCUUCAUAUGCAGCGUGUGAGAUCAUGUUAUUCUGUCUCUGAUGUACAAAUAAAAUAUGAGUCACAGCA